AUGGCCCUCUUGGACGUGUCCCUCACGACAUACCCUGUUAUGCUUAAGGAAGAUGAAAGUGACAUAAUCCAGCUUGGACAACCAGCUACUGUUAAAGUUCCAGCCAACUUGAUUAGGUUGCUAGCUUAUCAGAACAAGAACAUGUUGCAAGUUGGCAUGAUUGUUGGAGGAUGGGAUAAGUAUGAGGGAGGCCAAAUUUUCCCAGUCCCUCUUGGUGGAACGAUCUUGAAGCAGCCAUUUGCAAUUGGAGGUUGCUAG